AUGGCAGGGGUCAUUCGGAGGCUCGACGAGACGGUUGUGAACAGAAUCGCUGCAGGAGAAGUUAUCCAGAGACCUGCAAAUGCUGUCAAAGAACUGAUAGAGAACUGCCUUGAUGCUAAAUCCACAAGCAUCCAGGUGACUGUGAAAGAUGGAGGGCUGAAGAUGCUGCAGAUUCAGGACAAUGGGACAGGGAUCAGAAAAGAAGACAUGGAGAUUGUGUGCGAGCGUUUCACAACCAGCAAGUUACAGACGUUUGAAGACCUCUCUGCCAUUGCCACUUAUGGAUUCAGAGGAGAAGCUUUGGCCAGUAUCAGCCACGUCGCCCAUGUGACCAUAACAACAAAGACGGCUGAUGCCAAAUGCGCUUUUAGAGCCUGCUAUGGUGACGGGAAACUCAAAGCUCCGCCCAAGCCCUGUGCUGGAAAUCAGGGCACACAGAUUCUGGUUGAAGAUUUGUUUUACAACGUUUCAACAAGAAGAAAAGCGUUGAAAAGUCCCAGUGAUGAAUACUCGAGGAUUGUAGAAGUGGUCAGCCGAUAUGCCAUUCACAACUCGGGUAAAAGUUUCUCAGUGAAAAAGCAAGGAGAGACUGUGGCAGACGUGAGGACUCUGCCGAACGCGUCAGUGGUAGAUAAUAUUCGAGGAGUUUUUGGAAACGCCGUCAGCAGGGAGCUGAUAGAAGUCGGCUGUGAAGAUCAGAAACUGGCUUUUAAGGUGAAAGGAUACAUCUCCAACGCAAACUAUUCCAUGAAGAAAUGCAUCAUGGUCCUGUUCAUCAACCAUCGUCUUGUUGAGUCCAGUUCAUUGAAAAAAGCAGUGGAGACAGUUUACGCUGCGUAUCUGCCCAAGAACACUCACCCGUUCCUGUAUCUCAGUCUGGAGAUCGCCCCUCACAACGUGGACGUGAACGUUCACCCGACCAAACACGAGGUCCACUUCCUGCACGAGGACAGCGUGAUCGAGAGCGUCCAGAAACACGUGGAGUCCAAGCUGCUGGGAUCCAACUCCUCGCGGACGUAUUUCACACAGACUUUACUUCCAGGUCUGUCUGUUGCUGAGAGCUCAGAAGCCAAAUCCUCCACGUCGCAAUCCUCUGACCGUGUUUACGCUCACCAAAUGGUCCGAACCGAUCACCGCACUCAAAAACUGGACGCGUUCCUUCAGCAUAAAGACAAACCGUCCGUGGAACCGGAACCAAGACCCGGCUGCAGCACCGAGACCGAGGGCAGGACAAACACAGCGCCCCCUGGAGAAGACAUGGAAGAGCUGGACGAUUCAGAUCUGCUGCAGGCUCUGGAGGAGGCGGGGGAGGCGGGGGAGGUGGGGGAGGUGGGGGAGGUGGAGGAGGCGGGGGAGGCGGAGGUCCCAGAUGUGGAGACGGAGAAAGAGGCCAGCACUGUGCAGAGGAAGCGGCCGAGGACGGAGCAGCGAGAGGACGAAGAGAAAGCAGCAGAAACUCCAAAGAGACGAGUGAUAAAACUGAACAGCGUCAAAGAGCUGAGGGCAGAGAUCGCCGACGGCAACCACAAAGGUCUCCAGGAAAUGUUGCAGAAUCACUCAUUCGUGGGUUGUGUGAAUCCUCAGUGGACUUUGAUUCAACAUUUGACCAAACUCUAUCUCCUCAACACCACUAAACUCAGCCAAGAACUUUUCUACCAAAUCCUCAUCUAUGACUUUGGUAACUUUGGCAUGCUGAAACUCUCGGAGCCUGUGGCACUUUACGACUUGGCCAUGUUGGCUCUGGACUCGGAGGAGAGCGGCUGGACCGAGGAGGACGGACCUAAGGAAGGACUGGCCCAGUACAUCGUGGACUUCCUCAAAAAGCAAGCGGACAUGUUGGAGGACUACUUCUCACUGGAGAUAGAUCAGGAUGGUAAACUGACGGGAUUGCCGAUGCUGCUGGAUAAAUACACUCCCAUCAUGGAGGGUUUGCCCAUGUUCAUUCUGAGACUGGCCACAGAGGUGAACUGGGACAGUGAGAAGGAAUGCUUCAGAGACUUCAGUAAAGAGUGCAGCUCCUUCUACUCCAUCAGGAAACAGUACAUCCUGGAGCCGCAGGCUGAAGAGGAGCAGGAGACAGACUCUUGGCGAUGGCAGGUUGAACAUGUGAUUUCAAAAUCUUUUCGGACGCUGUUCAGUCCUCCCAAACGCUUCAGUGAAGAUGGGACAGUUCUGCAGAUAGCCAGCCUCCCGGACUUAUACAAAGUGUUUGAGAGAUGCUGA